AAGGCAAUCCAGAGAAAGGAGUUUCACGAGAUUCCCAGAUUUGCAGUGACUUGAAGACGACUGUUUUCGAGUUUCUGAUCAAAAUGCCAACGCCACCAUUAUAAAACCAAAUUCCAAGCGCAUGGCUAUGGAUUAAGGCCUCGAUUCUGCUGAGAUUUCCGAUCUGAAAGAGGAGCAAGAACACGACCCACGGCGAGGAAUUCCAACGGCAAAAAAUCUUACCAAAUGAGCGGCGAUAAGGUUGCGGCAACGUCCGGGGCUUCUUCGGGCUCUGUGGACGUCGUUAAGGGCAUCAAUGGCCUCGACAAAGUCGUCCUUCGCGACCCUCGUGGCAGUUCUGCUGAGGUCUAUUUAUAUGGGGCCCACGUGACAUCUUGGAAGAAUGACCAUGGGGAAGAGCUGCUUUUUGUUAGUAGUAAGGCCAUUUUCAAGCCUCCGAAACCAAUUCGUGGAGGGAUUCCAAUAUGUUUUCCUCAAUUUUCGAACCUUGGUCCACUUGAGGCCCAUGGAUUUGCUAGAAACAGAUUUUGGAGCAUUGAUAAUAAUCCACCUCCUCUUCAAGCGAAUACCUCUAGUAAGACUUUUGUUGAUCUAAUCCUAAAACCCUCUGAGGACGAUGCAAAGGUUUGGCCACAUAGUUAUGAGUACCGUCUGAGGGUAGCUCUAGGACCUGCUGGAGAGCUACUGUUGACCUCACGUGUUAGGAAUACCAAUGCAGAUGGAAAGCCUUUUUCCUUCACAUUUGCUUAUCACACUUACUUUUCAGUAUCAGAUAUAAGUGAAGUUCGGGUGGAAGGUUUGGAGACCUUGGACUAUCUUGACAACUUGCAACAUCGAGAGCGUUUUACUGAACAGGGGGAUGCUUUAACUUUUGAAUCAGAAAUGGACAAGAUAUAUCUUAGCACUCCAACUAAGAUAGCAAUUCUGGAUCAUGAAAAGAAGAGGACUUUUGUGGUUAGAAAAGAUGGACUCCCAGAUGCUGUGGUCUGGAAUCCGUGGGAUAAGAAAGCAAAGGCAAUGACUGAUUUUGGAGAUGAAGAGUACAAGUAUAUGCUGUGUGUGGAAGCUGCUGCGAUUGAAAAGCCGAUUACACUGAAACCUGGCGAGGAAUGGAGAGGAAGACUGGAACUUUCUGCUGUUCCUUCAAGUUACUGUAGUGGGCAACUUGAUCCUCAGAAAGUCCUCCAGGGCAUCUGAAAAAUUCAUCACUGUUUUACUUCACAUGUAUCAGGUAAAUUGUUUUAAAUAACUAGUGGAUCUAGGCAAGAGAAAGACAAUCUGCCCUCUCUUUUUCUUAUUUAUUUUCCAUAUUUUGGAUUGGAAGAUAGAUUUUGGACAAGAGAGUAAUAUGAACAGUAUGUGGCUUUUUGUGGGAAAGAAACCCAGCAUGAUGUGUCUGUCUGAACACAAAAUUAGUAUAUUUUCAGGUAAAAUGGUUAUUUGCAAUUACCAUUUUGUCAUAAAUUCAAUUUAUCUUGAUAGAACUUUAUUUUUGAUUGUCUGAAUGUUCAGUGAUAAAUAAUAUCUGUGUUACUGCUUA